UGAGUCAAAGAACGCAUCCAAGAGAAUCACCCCUACCCUGAUUCACAAUUCCCCCAGUUCCCACAUAUUCAAAUCACUCCAACACCAACAAACAACAAACAACAUUCCUUUAUAAGAAAAGUUACAUGACAAAGAUGUGGCCUCUCUGUUCAAAAAACACCACCACCACCUCUUCCACCACCAUGAAGAUGCAACAUGAACCUGCAGCCACCGUGCCACCAAAAUCUUCUUCUGCUGCUGCUGCAAUUACCACCUCAAAAUGUCACUGUUGCUGUUUGGUGACAAAACUGGUGAGAAAGCUCAAGAGACGAAGCCGCAGUACACCACGGCCCGUGAGUGCGAGCAGACAGGGCUCAUUCCAAUGCCGCUAUGAUCCAUUGAGCUAUUCCUUGAACUUUGACACCACUGGUUGUGGAACCUUAUUGGAUGAAGAUUACUACAAGUUCUAUGCAUUUUCUUCAAGGUUUGUUGCAAAUCCAAGAACUUCAUGUCCUGUUCUUCAAGUAGCAGGGAACUCUGCUCAUUAGAAAAAGAAAAGUAAACCACUCUGUGAUAGAUCUUCUCUUUUUCUUUUUCUUUUUCUUUAUGAACUCUGUUUUUUCCCCUGUAUUUUUUUUUCAAAAGAAAUUGUGGGGUUCCUAUUCUUUACCAACCUUAGAAUCUCCGCACUGGCCAAAAUGGUUAUCAUUCACAAAUGUUUACAGUGGAUCGAGGAAUCUAAUGAGUAAGAGAUUAUUGUGUAGCAUGUAUGUAUUGAAUGACCGAUUGAGGAAAUUUUAGAAGGCUAAUUAGUUA